UAACAUUUGAGGGCUUUACUGGUAAUUUUUCCAAUACAAGUCAUUCAAAACAAGUUACCUAUGACAUUAGUUAAUAUGGUAUCUUGAUGACCACAGUUUUAUAAAACAUACAGAUCUGAUCAGAUUGCACUAAAAUAGAUUUAAAAAUCAAGACACAAGUUACUGCUGAAUGACAUUUAUACAAAGUACUUCUUCUGGGUUGAGUGCUCUGCCAACAGGUCAGAUAGAUUACCUCAAUCAUCUUACAGAUGCAAAAAAUUGAGGCUGAAAGAGGUUACACAAACUGCCCAAAGUCGCAGCUUCAAAGAGUACUGAGGAUGGAAUUUUUAUGGCCAGUUUCUCUUAAACAGUCGGAUAAGGCUGGGCUCCUACUUCCGUGUCUGUGCUACCACCCUGUCCCCUUUGCUAUUUAGGCGGCCUAACUUUACCACGCAGGGAUCACACUCUGGGCCUGAACACAGCAGCUCCGCCCCAGCUAGACAUUUGCCUCCUGUGUGCCAUGUGAGCACUUAGUAGCCAAGAAGUUACUCAGUAACUGCUGAAGUUUUCAGCUCUUCAUCAACCAAACACCUAACAGUCAGGUCCAAAAGGGGUGCUCAUCUUCAAAGGAUGAUCUCUGGCCAGCAACCACAGAUUCCUGGCAUUGAAGAACUGCACUAAAAUCCAUUCCAGAUGUUUGAAUCCCCUCAGUAACAUUUUAAUAAACAGUCACCCAGCAUCUAUUUAAACUCUCGUGAUCUGCACUGUACCAGUAUUCAAAGCAGCUCUCUGUGCUUCCGACAGCUGUAGUUACUAAAAUGUCCUUAGUUGCAGAAAGCUGAAAUCUAUCACUGUGCUGCCUAUACUUGGAAAUUUCUUAUUUUACUUUUCUGAGCUAUAAAAUGUGCUUUUGGGGUGCCUGAAAUUCCCCUUGGUGGUGUGGUGAGAUGCUCAAGUGCUGCUAUAGGCAGCAAGUUCCCUGAUUCUUGGGUAUAGCUCUGACUUGUUAAUGGGGAAGGGAUGCGCGGAGAAAGACUCCCUGCUGGUUGAGAGCACAGAUCUUUAAAAGCAGACAAAUUGAAAUUUGAAUCCUGGCUUAAUCAUAUCCUAGUUGUGACCAUAUGUGAGCUCUACAACCUUGAUCAAGUUGUUUCAAUAAAUGCGCCUCCUGGUCCCAACCCUACAGUGUAUCAGGAGGAGUCAGUCAGCAAAGGGUUGUGGGCACUCGCCUUGGCCACACAGGUGUGUAAGAGACGAGCUAUAGCCAGGCGUUGUGGCUCAUCCCUGUAAUCCCAACCCUGAGGGAGCUGAAGCUGGAAGAUCGUCAUGAGUCCAAAGCCAGCCUGGGCUACAUAAUGAGUUCGAGACCAGCCUCAACCAUACAGUGAGACCCUAUCUAGAAAGAAAGAAAGAAAGAAAGAAAGAAAGAAAGAAAGAAAGAAAGAAAGAAAGAAAGGCAAUGAGAUCUAUAAAGUGUGUUAAUAAAUGCCACAAAGUUCAUUUUGCAUAGAAAGCUAAGAAAUAGCUCUUUAUGGUAGUAUAAAGUCAUUAUUCACUCUUCCCAAAAAGAUUUAUUUUAGAGUUAUAUAAUAUAACUACACUCUGGAAAAAUUAGCUUACUGAAGAAAAAAGAUAUAUUGCACUUGAAGUCAGAAAAACUGAACUUCAGGUUCUGUUCAGCUCCUCAUUCUGUGAUCUUAAGUUAUGGUCCGAGUGUUAAGUUUUUAUGUAUAGAAUGCUUAUAGAAUGCUGCCACACAGGGAACAUGCAGCCAAUGCCUCUCCCUACGGAGCAAGUAGAAAGAGCAGGACAAGCACCAACAAGAAAAACACAGUUCAGGGUGAAAAUAAAAGGUGACCAGCAGAAGGGGAAACACAGUAAUUCCUUUUAUGUAAGAACAAAGCGAUCACAGGCAACACGCAACCCCCAUGCAAGUGACAGACAGGAUUAUCUCCGACAGGAUGAGGAUGCCAGUGAGUCUAAUGUUCAAAAAGGAUCAAUAAAUAAAGACAGCAGAAGGGCUAUAACAAUUCAGAACUAUAAGUAAUUUACACACAAUGAUGCUUCCCUACCUUCUUCUUAAGGCUAUUCUGAGGAGCUGAGGAGCUUAUGCUUGGAAAACAAAAAGUGCUAUACUACUUCCAUUAAGAUCUGCAUAUAGGAACUGAACAGAGACAGUGAUUCCUUCAGCAGGAAGCUGUUACUGGGGCAGUGACCUUAAAGCCUUGCCCUGGCUUCAGAGUCUGCCAGUAAGGUGGCAUCAGAGCUCCCCCUCACUCCCAGAGUCACCACUGGCUGGCACAGCCAGCGCCAGAACAGUGUCUCCCCAUGGACCUGCUGCAGACAGCCCACUCCGGCCCACGGAAGAAGAGACCCAGGCAGACAGGUGCCGUGGUGGCCUCAAGUCCUCACAAUGUCCUCUUUGGAGAUUUGGUCCUCUUCAUUUUGGAGAAGAAGAUGGGAACCACGCGCAGAGCCUUCCUCAUGGAACUGGCCCGAAGAAAAGGCUUCAGGGUGGAAAAUGAGCUCAGCGAUUCUGUCACCCACCUGGUGGCAGAGAACAACUCGGGCGAUGAUGUUCUGGAGUGGCUACAGGUGCAAAACGCCCGAGCCAGCUCCCGGCUGGAGCUUCUGGACGUCUCCUGGCUGACGGCGUGCAUGGGGGCCGGGAAGCCUGUGGAGAUGACAGGGGAGCACCAGCUUGUGGUGAAAAGAGACUCUCCAGCUAGCCCCAGAGCAGGUCCCGAGGAGGCGGCAUCCCUCGCUGUGCAAAAGAUCGCUGAGUACGCGUGUCAGAGGAAGACCACUUUGGACAACUACAACUGCAUAUUCACGAACGCCUUUGAGGUACUGGCCGAAAACUGUGAGUUUAAAGAGAAUGAAGGCUCUUAUGUGACGUACAUGAGAGCAGCCUCUGUCCUGAAGUCUCUGCCGUUCACCAUCAUCAGGAUGAAGGACACCGAGGGCAUUCCCUGCCUGGGAGAAGAGGUGAAGUGCAUUAUAGAGGAAAUUAUUGAAGACGGAGAAAGUUCUGAAGUUAAAGCCGUGCUAAAUGAUGAACGAUAUAAGGCCUUCAAACUCUUCACUUCUGUUUUUGGAGUGGGGUUGAAGACAUCUGAGAAGUGGUUUCGGAUGGGGUUCAGAUCUCUGAGUGAAAUAAAAUCAGACAAAAGUCUGAAAUUCACACGGAUGCAGAAAGCAGGCUUCCUGUACUAUGAAGACCUUGUCCACUGUGUGACCAGGGCAGAAGCAGAGGCAGCCAGCGAGCUGGUUAAUGAGGCUGUCCGGGCGUUUCUUCCAGGAGCCCUCAUCUCCAUGACAGGAGGGUUCCGAAGGGGUAAGGAGACUGGGCAUGAUGUGGAUUUUUUAAUUACUAGUCCAGAAGUAACAGAGGAUGAAGAGCACCCACUUCUGAAUAAAGUGAUAAGUUUAUGGGAAAAGAAGGGAUUGCUUCUAUACAGUGACAUCAUGGAGUCGACAUUUGAAAAGCUGAAGCUGCCUAGCAGGAAGGUGGAUGCUUUAGAUCAUUUCCAAAAAUGCUUUCUGAUUUUAAAGCUGCACCAUCACAAAGUGGAUGAUGACAAGUCGCCUCAGCAGGCGGAGAAGACCUGGAAGGCCAUCCGUGUGGACUUGGUCGUGUGCCCCUAUGAGCGCCGGGCCUUUGCCUUGCUGGGGUGGACCGGCUCCCGGAGGACGUUUCUCAAAGCAGAAAGUGAAGAAGAAAUUUUUGCACAUCUGGGAUUGGAUUACAUUGAACCACAGGAACGGAAUGCCUAA